AUGCGUCCCACCGCUGUCAACAGCGAACCAUCUAAAGUUCCGCCCAACUUGGCUGUGAUUAAGAGCAUCAAUCCAAACUACACAGGGUUCGACUAUAUCUCCUGGUAUCUUGGCAAUGCCCGUCAAGCAGCCACCUACUUCGUCGCGCACUUUGGCUUCCGGGUAAUUGCAUACAGUGGACCAGAAACCGGAUCGCACCUGACAACUUCCUAUGUUGUUGCUAACGGGAACGCUCGCUUUAUGCUGACUGCCCCAAUAACUGGGCCNCAGAACAUCCCCUCCGACAAGCAUGUGUCCGAAAAGGACCGCAGUCUGUUCAGUGAGAUUCAAGCGCACUUGAUCAAGCACGGCGACGGAGUCAAGGAUAUCGCCUUUCAGGUUGACGAUGUCAGAGGCGUGUGGGAGCAUGCAGUCCAGAAUGGGGCAGUUUCUAUUCAGAAACCAACUUUAGUCACGGAUGAAGAGGAUGGGGAAGUUCUCUGUGCGACAAUCAAGACUUAUGGCGAUACAGCUCACACUCUGAUCAAUCGGUCAAAUUACCGAGGAGUUUUCCUUCCCGGAUUUAGACCUGUAAAUGAUAUGAAUGCUCUGAAUGAGCUACUUCCCAGGGUGGACCUGAUUGAAAUUGAUCACUGCGUUGGGAACCAACCUUGGGAUGGUCUUGACGGGAUUGUCAAAUAUUACGAAGAUGCUUUGAACUUCCACCGGUAUUGGUCUGUGGACGACAAAGAUAUGUGUUCGGACUAUUCGGCCAUGCGAUCAGUCGUUGUAGCAUCUCCUGACAAUGUGAUCAAAAUGCCGAUGAACGAGCCAGCCACCGGUUUGAAGAAAUCUCAAAUUGAAGAAUUUGUGGACUACUACGGAGGAGCAGGCUGUCAGCAUAUCGCUUUCCGAACCAACAACAUCAUUGAAGCCGUUGAAAACCUUACACAGCGCGGCGUAAGCUUUCUUUCAGUCCCUAGCAGCUAUUACAUCAAGAUGCGUGAGCGACUAGCUAUGAGAAACGUCAAAAUUGCCGAAGACAUCACCCUUCUGCAGAAAUAUAAUAUUCUUAUCGACUUCGAUGAAGGAGGAUAUCUUUUGCAGAUCUUUACGAAGCACGUGGGUGACCGUCCUACUGUCUUCAUGGAAAUUAUUCAGAGAGAGAAUUUUGAUGGGUUUGGAGCUGGAAACUUUAAGAGUCUGUUCGAAGCUUUUGAGAGGGAACAGGCAUUGCGCGGAAAUCUGUGA